AGCCCAAAGUUCCUGGCUGAAGUGUCAGCCCCGGAGAUCCACCGCAAAGUCCAGCUCCUCCUCAAGAUGUGGUCCAAAAAGACGCAGCUGGCAAAGGGCAAGCCCUUCAACGCCCGCCCGGACAUCAUCGAGGCGGCGCUCGACAUGAUCAACGCGGCCGCCUUUGCCUACGACGAGGACUCGUGUUCCGUGUCGAACCAGAUUCGCCACCUCGACUCGUCGGACCUCAGGAUGGACGAGAAGCCAGACGGCUCGGUCGAGUUCUCCCGCGCCCCGGACACGGAGCAGGCCGUCGUGGUCCACGAGCUGGGCGUCUACCUCGGCACGCAGUUCGUGUCGCCCGCCCCGAGGCUGGCUCACGCCUUCAACUACCUCACCAGCCCCCGCCUGCGCCGCAACCUGGCCAAGAGGGAGCAGAUCGUCUUUGCCGAGAUCCGCAAGGCCCUCAAGCGCAUCGAGAGCGGCGAGUCCACCACCGCGUCCGCCCUCGAGCACCUCCUCAGGCGCGAGAUGGAGUCUGCGCGCAAGGCCGGUAGGGAGCCAAACUUUUUCAGCCCUUCCAUCCGCGACGAGGGCUGGGGUUAUAUCGUUGCUGGGCAUGAGACUACCGCGACUGCCAUUGCAUGGCAAGUCAAGCUCCUCGCCGACUACCCCGAAGUGCAAAGCAAGCUCCGCACCGUGCUCCGCGCAGCCUACGCGGACGCGGCGGCGUCGAACCGGCUGCCGACGGCGCGCGAGAUCACGUCGACGGCGAUCCCGUACCUGGACGCCUUCCUCGAGGAGACGCUGCGGGUGCGGGGCCCGAUCCUCAUGACGGGGCGCGAGGCGAAGCGCGACGCCUACGUGCUCGGGCACCUGGUGCCCAAGGGGACGUUUGUGUUCAUGCCGUCCAUGGGGCCGACGUUCCACGCGCCGGGCCUGCCGGUCGACGACGCCGUGCGGUCCGAGACGUCGCGCGAAAAGUCGUGGGGCGGCAGCUGGGACCCCGAGGACGUGGCGUCGUUCCGCGUCGAGCGCUGGCUGAGGCCGAACCCCGAGACGGGCGAGGACGAGUACGACGUCCGGUCCGGCCCCAUCUUGGCCUUUGGCCUCGGCCCCAGGAGCUGCUUCGGCAAGAGGCUGGCGUACCUCGAGAUGCGCAUCGUCAUCGCCCUCCUGGUCUGGACCUUUGAGUUCCAGAAGCUGCCCGACCACCUGAGCUCGUAUGCCGCCCACGAUGCCAUCACGACCGGUCCGACUUGCUGCCAUGUCGGCCUGAAGGAGCUGUCUUAA